GAUCUAUCAAUUUGAAGGGGGAAGCUUGAACGUGGGGCUAUUAUUCAACUGAACACACCUUCAAGGUAACCCAAUUCCAAGUCGAAUUAUCAAGAGGAAUUCUUUGCGAAAUUUCCGAAUGAUACAAACUCUUUGAAGAUAUAUUACUCUGCCAACUGGGCACACCUUCUAUCAUCGAUAUUAUCAUCACUUUCCUUUCUUUGAUUACCUACCUGACAAUAUGGCAUCUGCUGUCUUCUUUCUCGAUUUGAAGGGCAAGGUAUAUACUUUCUAUGGUGACAUGCCUUCUGAACAAUGUUGACACAAUACUGCAGACUCUUCUUGCCCGAAAUUAUAGAGGAGAUAUUCCUAUGUCCGCCGUUGAAAAGUUCCCAAUACUUUUAAGUGAAGCAGAAGAAGAGAGUUCCGCAGUUCCACCGUGUUUCUCAGAUGAAGGAAUAAAUGUAUAUCCUCACUCUUACCUAUCUGCGAUCGUAAUAUCUGACUUAUUCCAAGUAUCUAUAUAUUCGACAUAACAAUCUCUACCUCCUAGCCCUCACCAAACGCAACACAAAUGCCGCCGAAAUCCUCCUUUUCUUACACAAAAUAGUCGAAGUCUUCACCGAAUACUUCAAAGAACUUGAAGAAGAAUCCAUUCGAGACAACUUUGUCAUUAUUUAUGAACUUCUAGACGAAAUGAUGGACUUUGGAUAUCCACAAACCACGGAGUCGAAAAUCCUUCAAGAGUACAUUACACAAGAAUCGCAUAAAUUAGAAAUCCAAGCCCGUCCACCUAUAGCCGUUACAAAUGCAGUAUCAUGGAGAUCAGAAGGAAUUCGAUACAGGAAGAAUGAGGUGUUCCUUGAUGUUGUCGAAUCACUUAAUUUACUCGUAUCAUCGAAUGGAAAUGUUUUGCGGUCCGAGAUUCUCGGUGCCAUAAAGAUGAAAUGCUAUCUGUCAGGUAUGCCUGAAUUGCGAUUAGGUCUGAACGAUAAAGUAAUGUUUGAAACUACUGGACGCGCGACACGAGGGAAGGCCAUCGAAAUGGAGGAUGUAAAAUUUCAUCAAUGUGUCCGUCUUUCACGCUUCGAAAACGAUAGAACUAUCUCCUUCAUUCCACCCGAUGGAGAAUUCGAAUUGAUGUCUUACCGUCUAAAUACUCAAGUCAAACCAUUGAUCUGGGUUGAGUGUAUUGUGGAAUCGCAUUCUGGAUCAAGAAUCGAGUACAUGCUGAAAGCCAAAGCGCAAUUCAAACGCCGCAGUACGGCUAACAAUGUCGAAAUUACAGUUCCAGUUCCAGAGGAUGCCGAUUCACCACGUUUCCGCACAAAUAUUGGAUCUGUACACUAUGCACCAGAAAAAUCGGCGAUAGUAUGGAAGAUCAAACAAUUUGGAGGAAGUAAAGAAUUUCUUAUGAGGGCAGAGUUAGGAUUACCGAGUGUGAAGGGUGAUGAUGAACAUGGAGGUGGAAUGACAGGAGGGUUCGGUGGAAGUAUGGGUGGUGUUGGGGGUAAAGGGGCGAAGAGGCCAAUCAGUGUGAAAUUUGAGAUUCCAUAUUUUACGACAAGUGGUAUUCAAGUUAGGUAUUUGAAGAUUAUCGAGCCAAAGGUUAGUUUCUUCAUCAAAGUACACUUUGAUAAUACUCCUUACUAACUUCUUUAAUAGUUACAAUAUCCAUCCCUCCCUUGGGUUCGCUACAUCACCCAAUCAGGAGAUAUUGCGGUCCGACUUCCAGACGUGAGCUGAGAUCGCUGAGAUCAUCUUGGCUCCAAUACAUUCACACACGCAAAUAUAUUUUCUAGGGAUGGAAAACGAUAGAUAGAUUGGUAGGGAAGGAGGAGCGUAGCAAUUCUGCAUUAACAGGCGCUAGUGUUAAAGUCUUGGGGUCGACUUAUUUUUGAUGAGAUAAAUAUUACAUUUUACGACCAUGUUUUGGCCGUUUUUAAUUUGAGAUUGUUCGUGGGAUUAUUCUUUGUGGAGUGGUUUUUGCCUCGCAGUAUUUCUCUCAGCUGUUUCGUCGUGUAAAUAUCGAAGACCCACACGUAUGCAAUUCCCGCAUAAACCGUACCAAGAUGGCAAAGAUAUAGACGU